UUUGUUUACGUUUCAGUGUUGUUAAAAGUGGUCAAAUUUAAAAGAGAAAAUUCAUCAUUUAUAAUUUAUCUAUCUAUUGGGUUAUUUAUAUUGUGAUCAUUUUUAAUUGAAAACUGUCUUAAAAAUACAUUGUUGUCUGACCUAUUGUUUAUUGAAUUGAAACUCGAUAGUGCGUUCUUUCCGCCGAUUAGUUAAUCAUUGCCACAACUAUGGGCGUUCUGUAUAGGUGUGUAUGGUUUAAUAACUAUUGAAAAAAAAAUUAUAAAAACAAAAAAAUGAACUGUCAACAGCUAAAUAAUUCAUGUGUCUUAUCAUAAACAUUGUGUUUUGGUUCAUUGUAAGAUUUUAAUUCAAUGGAUUACGAGUUCAAAAUUAAGACGGGCAAUGAAAGAGCUAAAGUGGAAGAGCUGUUUGACUAUGAAGGGUGUAAAGUUGGAAGAGGUACAUAUGGUCAUGUAUAUAAGGCCAGAAGAAAAGAUGGGGACAACAGUAAAGACUUUGCUUUGAAACAAAUUGAAGGCACUGGAUUAUCAAUGUCAGCAUGUCGUGAAAUUGCUUUGUUACGUGAAUUGAAGCAUCCAAAUGUGAUAAAUCUAAUAAGAGUAUUUUUGUCACAUAAUGAUAGAAAGGUUUGGCUGCUCUUUGAUUAUGCAGAACACGAUCUUUGGCAUAUUAUUAAGUUUCAUAGAGCAGCAAAAGCAAAUAAAAAACCGGUAAUGGUUCCCAAAGGAAUGGUUAAAUCUUUACUGUUUCAAAUCCUUGACGGAAUACACUAUUUACAUUCUAAUUGGGUUUUACAUAGAGAUUUGAAACCAGCUAAUAUUUUAGUAAUGGGCGAAGGCCCCGAAAGAGGACGUGUAAAAAUAGCUGACAUGGGGUUUGCUCGACUUUUUAAUGCUCCAUUAAAACCACUUGCUGAUCUUGAUCCAGUUGUAGUUACUUUUUGGUAUCGAGCUCCUGAACUUUUAUUAGGUGCAAGACAUUACACUAAAGCUAUUGAUAUUUGGGCGAUUGGCUGUAUAUUUGCUGAAUUAUUAACAUCUGAGCCCAUUUUUCAUUGUCGCCAAGAAGAUAUUAAAACAAGUAAUCCUUACCACCAUGAUCAAUUAGAUAGAAUAUUUAAUGUAAUGGGCUUUCCUCAAGAGAAAGAUUGGGAAGACAUAAAAAAGAUGCCCGAACAUCAAACUUUAAUGAAAGAUUUCAAACGAUCAAACUAUUCAAAUUGUUCUCUGGUGAAAUAUAUGGACCGGCAUAAAAUCAAACCAGAUAGCAAAGCAUUUCAUUUAUUACAAAAAUUAUUACUGAUGGAUCCUAACAAAAGAAUUACUUCAGAACAGGCUAAACAAGAUUCAUAUUUUCAAGAAGAUCCUACACCUACCUCAGAUGUCUUUGCUGGGUGUCCAAUACCAUAUCCCAAAAGAGAGUUUUUGACUGAUGAUGAUCAAGAUGAUAAAGACAAAAGGCAACAAGCUACAAAUAUUUUUGCAUAUGAUCGUGGACGUUACUUAAUCGAUAGUUCUAACACUCGCAUUUAUAAUAAGAACAAUAGUAUCACAUCUAGAUUUGACAGUAUCAGUAUUACCCAGGACCAUCGUAAUAGCUUAACCAACAAUGCUUAUGUUAAUAGUUUGCAUGAUUGGCAUGGCUUAAAUCACACUACGCUAGAGGGUGCACAUUCUGAUCAGUCGGGCAGUCAUCAUAGUCAUCAGCAACAACAUGCAGCUAAUCAAAAACGUAUGCGCAUGAAUGGUCUUGGUCAACAUCCGAGUGUCAACCCAGGAACAGUAAUGCCACCUAAUGUUCAACAACAACAACAGCAGCAGCAACAACAGCAGCAGCAGCAGCAAGUGCAACAGCAGCAGCAGCAGCAGCAGCAGCAGCAGCAGCAGCAACAACAACAACAGCAACAACAACAAGUGCAGCAACAACAACAACAAGUGCAGCAACAACAACAAGUACAACAGCAACAAGUGCAGCAACAACAAUCUCAACACCCACAGCAGCAACAACAACAACCCCAACAUCCACAACAGCAGCAACAACAACCACAACACCCACAACAACAACAACCACAACAACAGCACCAACAAGACUUCCAUCAUGUGCCUCAACACCAGCAAAUGAUGUAUUCUCAGGUCAAUCCCAAUGGGCCUGGUCCUAAUUAUUCACAAAGGUUUUGAAUUAUUUGAAAUAAUUUUUUUACCUAUUUGACUGAUAAAUUGUAUUAUUUAUUAAUCUUUAUCAAGUAUAUAAAAAACUAAAUAAAAAGCUUAUUUUAAUAUGUCUUGACUAAUGAAUUAAUUUAAAUCAUCAGGUUAAAUGUGUACAUUUGUUGAAGUUCAGAUUAUAUCAUAUAUAUAUAUUUUUUAAAUAUAAUUACCUAACAUUAAAAUUCA